GCAAAACCACUCAGUUGCAGUCGCAUGUCUGCUGCUGAGAGAGAAAGGGAGAGAGAGAGAGAGAGGGGGCAUAGCAGCAUGGCUGAGCAAGAAAGUAGUGGCUUACACGUUCUUCUCUCUGCUCUUCAGAGUUCCUGUGACAAAGAUGUGAUUCUGAAUAUUCUGGGUGUCCUCACAGAUCUUCUUUCUGUUGGAACGAGCAGGAGGGUCUACUACACUAUUAGCAAAGGUGGCAGUGAAGCUCUUCUGCAGGCCCUGGCCAAUGUGGCACAAACCACGGCACCAGACUAUGACAUCCUGCUGCCCCUGUUUCGCCUGAUAGCCAAAAUUGGCCAGAAAGAUAAGAAGUUUGGGUUGAAAGCACAGAAGUUGGAGGUGAUUGAUACCACUCUCAGCUUGGCAAGGAAAAACCUGAAUCACCACUGGAAUCUCAUCCACUGCCUGUGGGCAUUGCAAGUUUUCGCCUCUAGUGUUACAGUGGGAACCAUGUUGGGCAUUAAUGGAGCCAUGGAGCUGCUUUUCAAAGUAAUCACACCCUACAGCAGGAAACACACCAGAACAACAAGGGCAGCAGUUGAAACUCUGGCAGCUUUGUUGAAAUCAAAGUCAAACAGCCGACGAGCCGUGAACCGGGGCUAUGUCUGUCAGCUGCUCUGUCUGUACCAGGACUGGCAUCACCACGACACUUCCAACAGUUACCUUCCAAUCCGGAGGGGCCUUUUAAUUUGCCUCAAGCAUAUCACCAAUGUUCAGUCUGGUAGAGAAGGCUUCCUACUUGCUCGUGGCAUGCAGACCCUCUUCAAAACCACUCAGGACUGUCUGAUGAGUAAGAGCUUGGAUCCAAUUGUUAACACAGUGAUUCAGAUUCUGAGGAAAACGUCUCCCAAAGAAUUGCUUCCCUCUGCUGCUCUUAGAAGUGCCUAUUCCUUCCCCAUCCCUGGGAGAACUGAACCUUCACACCAGAGGCCUGAAGAUGUUUGCGAAUUGGAUUUUGAGGAGGAAAUUGAGAAGGACUUUGAUAAUGAAGAUGCAGGGAAUAAGGAAGAGGAUGAUGACUUAGAGACAGAUGUUGACAAGCUCCUGUCAAAACCAGAGCUCAACUGGCCAGAAUCAGAACUUCAACAAUAUGAGGCCAUGUGUCUAGAACUUCACUGUAACUUUCUGGAAUUAGAAGCAGAGUCUGAGAAUAAAAUGAACUUUGAGGACAUCCCUGGGACCUUGACAUAUUCCUGUCUCCACCUCAUUCCAAAUAUUGCGUCCCCAAAUCAUCAGCCCAAAUGCAAUGAGAGUUUCCAUGAAGAAGGAGAAAAAUCACCCCAACAGGAGUCUUUGAGGGUUCCAGUCCAGAGCUUGGUGAAACAAGGAAAACCUUUUCAAGAACCUGGAAAAGUGGUUCAGGCUGGAUUAAAGGCUGCAGUGAAUUCCAUCCAAGAAGGUGACAUCCCAGACAAGAGCUGUGCCGCUUCUCUUCACCUCCAUGCCAAAGACAAAAGGACCAGCCAACCUCAGAACAUGCAUUUCUGCAAGCCUGUUUGCCAGGAGACAGUGGAGGCUUCUGAGAUAGUGAAAAAGCUUUUGGAGAGGCACCCACGGAAUCUCCCUUUCCACAACCCCCACUUCUACAUGGCAAGAGCUGGCUGCACCCAGUCAAUUCCAGACUACAGAGUGUUGGCCUUCCCAGAUCUCUGGGGCCAUCUGCCUCCUCCUUAUAGCCAGUCCAUACAGCAAAGGAGAUCUAGUGUCCAAAGGUCUAAAAUAUUUGAAGAUGUCCUCCGUGCCAUCCAGCCAGGUGACACAAUCAAUCAAGUUGUAUUUGACUUAGAUGGCUCCAGCUCUUUAAAUGCUGGUGCCCAAGACUGUCUGAAAUUCUUCUCCAAAUUUGAGUCUGGAAAUCUCCGUAAGGCCAUCCAAGUGCGGGA